AGAGCAGCUGCGGCCAAGGGAGAGGCCGGCAGCCAGCAUCCCGGCGCUCUGACCACUACUGGUGCGAUGUCCACCAAGGUCAGGAAGUGCAAGGAACAAGCGAGGGUGACCUUCCCCGUGCCCGAAGAGGAGGAAGAAGAGGAGGAGGGCGAGGACAGGAGUGCGGAGCCGCAUCGCCGCCGCCGGAGCUGGAAGGGAGUCAACGGGGGGCUCGAGCCGCGCUCGGCGGUCUCCCAGCAGACGCCGCCCGGCUAUUGCCCGCCUCCCCUCUCCCCAGGACCCGACAUGUCGGUGGAGGGAAGCCCAUCUCUGAGGCGCAUGACGGUGAUGAGGGAGAAGGGCCGGCGCCAGGCCGUCCGGGGCCCGGCCUUUAUGUUCAACGACCGGGGUACCAGCCUCACCGCGGAGGAGGAGCGCUUCCUAGACGCCGCGGAGUAUGGCAACAUCCCCGUGGUGCGUAAGAUGCUGGAGGAGUCCAAGACGCUGAACGUCAACUGCGUGGACUACAUGGGCCAGAACGCAUUACAGCUGGCCGUGGGCAACGAGCACCUGGAAGUGACAGAGUUGCUGCUCAAGAAGGAGAACCUGGCGCGCAUUGGCGACGCCCUGCUGCUCGCCAUAAGUAAGGGCUACGUGCGCAUUGUGGAGGCCAUCCUUAACCAUCCAGGCUUCGCGGCCAGCAAGCGCCUGACCCUAAGUCCCUGUGAGCAGGAGCUGCAGGACGACGACUUUUAUGCUUACGACGAGGACGGCACGCGCUUUUCGCCCGACAUCACUCCCAUCAUCCUGGCGGCGCACUGCCAGAAGUACGAGGUGGUGCACAUGCUGCUAAUGAAGGGCGCCAGGAUCGAGCGGCCGCACGAUUACUUCUGCAAGUGCGGAGAGUGCAUGGAAAAGCAGAGGCACGACUCCUUCAGUCACUCCCGCUCAAGGAUCAACGCCUACAAGGGGCUGGCCAGCCCGGCAUAUCUGUCCUUGUCCAGUGAGGACCCCGUGCUCACUGCUCUGGAGCUUAGCAAUGAGCUAGCCAAGCUGGCCAACAUAGAGAAGGAGUUCAAGAAUGACUAUCGAAAGCUCUCCAUGCAAUGCAAAGACUUUGUAGUGGGUGUGCUGGAUCUUUGCCGAGACUCAGAAGAGGUGGAAGCCAUUCUGAAUGGAGAUUUGGAAUCUGCAGAAUCUCUGGAGAUGCACAGGCAUAAAUCUUCAUUGAGUCGUGUCAAACUCGCCAUUAAGUAUGAGGUCAAAAAGUUUGUGGCUCAUCCCAACUGCCAGCAGCAGCUGUUGACGAUCUGGUAUGAGAACCUGUCGGGCCUGCGGGAACAGACCAUAGCUAUCAAGUGUCUGGUUGUGCUGGUUGUGGCCUUGGGCCUUCCUUUCCUGGCCAUUGGCUACUGGAUCGCACCUUGCAGCAGGCUGGGGAAAAUUCUGCGAAGCCCUUUUAUGAAAUUUGUGGCACAUGCUGCUUCCUUCAUCAUCUUCCUGGGCCUGCUGGUGUUUAAUGCAUCAGACAGAUUCGAAGGCAUCACCACACUGCCAAAUAUCACUGUCAUUGACUAUCCCAAACAGAUCUUCAGGGUGAAAACUACCCAGUUCACAUGGACUGAAAUGUUAAUUAUGGUUUGGGUUCUUGGAAUGAUGUGGUCAGAAUGUAAAGAGCUCUGGCUGGAAGGACCAAGGGAAUACAUUUUGCAGCUGUGGAAUGUACUCGACUUUGGGAUGCUUUCCAUCUUCAUUGCUGCGUUCACAGCCAGAUUCCUAGCUUUUCUUCAGGCCACUAAAGCACAACAAUAUGUGGACAGUUAUAUCCAAGAGAGUGACCUCAAUGAAGUUACACUUCCGCCAGAGAUACAGUAUUUCACUUAUGCCAGAGAUAAGUGGCUCCCUUCUGAUCCUCAGAUCAUAUCAGAAGGCCUCUAUGCCAUAGCUGUCGUGCUCAGUUUCUCUCGAAUCGCCUACAUCCUCCCUGCGAAUGAGAGCUUUGGCCCCUUACAGAUCUCUCUUGGAAGGACUGUAAAGGACAUAUUCAAGUUCAUGGUCCUCUUCAUUAUGGUCUUUCUUGCCUUUAUGAUUGGCAUGUUUAUACUUUAUUCUUACUACCUGGGGGCUAAAGUAAACGCUGCUUUUACCACUGUAGAAGAAAGUUUCAAGACUUUGUUUUGGUCAAUAUUUGGACUGUCUGAAGUGACUUCUGUUGUGCUCAAAUAUGAUCACAAAUUCAUAGAGAAUAUUGGCUAUGUCCUUUAUGGAAUAUACAAUGUAACAAUGGUGGUCGUUUUACUCAACAUGCUAAUUGCUAUGAUUAACAGCUCAUAUCAGGAAAUUGAGGAUGACAGUGACGUAGAAUGGAAGUUCGCUCGUUCAAAACUUUGGUUAUCAUAUUUUGAUGAUGGAAAAACAUUACCUCCACCUUUCAGUCUAGUUCCAAGUCCAAAAUCAUUUGUUUAUUUCAUCAUGCGGAUCCUUAACUUUUCCAAAUGCAGGAGGAGAAGGCUACAGAAGGAUAUAGAAAUGGGGAUGGGUAACUCGAAGUCUAGGUUAAACCUCUUCACUCAAUCUAACUCAAGAGUUUUUGAAUCACACAGUUUUAACAGCAUUCUCAAUCAGCCAACACGUUAUCAGCAGAUAAUGAAAAGACUUAUAAAGAGAUAUGUUCUGAAAGCACAAGUAGACAAAGAAAAUGAUGAAGUUAAUGAAGGUGAAUUAAAAGAAAUCAAGCAAGAUAUUUCCAGUCUUCGUUAUGAACUUUUGGAGGACAAAAGCCAAGCAACUGAGGAGCUAGCCAUUCUAAUCCAUAAACUCAGUGAGAAACUGAAUCCCAGCAUGCUGAGAUGUGAAUGACGCAGUAACCUGGAAUUAUGAGUUUGACUAUAGCACAAAUGUGGGCAAUAAUAUUUCUAAGUAUGAAAUACUUGAAAACUGUGGUGUAAAUUUUUAGUACUUUAUCAUGUGAAUCUUUAAAAGUUAGGUCUUAAUGGUUUUAUUUACUGUUUUAUCACACGAAAAAUAGUCUUCAUUUUGUCUGCCUUGACAUUAUGAACAAUGACAUGCCAUUUUAUUUAAAGGCCUGAUAUUUACUACAUUGCUGACAUUUUUGUCCAUUUUAGAAUAAACUUUAAGUAUUUGCACUACCUGUUUGCCUCCAAGAGACUGUAAGCACCUUGGGGGCAGAGUCCAUGUCUUAUUCAUCUUUGUGUUCCCAAUAUCUAGAACAGUGCCUGGUACAUAGUAGGUGCUCAAUAAAUAUUGUUGAAACCAACAGAAUUGAACUGCCAACAAAAUUCAAAUAAAAACAAUAGGCCAUCUCUAUGUAGGAUAUUUUCCUGUGUUCAAGUGCUCAAAAGAUUUUUUUUUUUUUUUAAAGUACUGGAGAAAUUUUACAACUAGCUAGAUUGAGUGAGAUAUUUUGAGAAGUCUAUGGUAUCACUGAAAAUCAUAAAAUCAUUGAAUCCUGAUUCAAGAAUUUAGCAAUGAAAUGGGUUAAUAGAAAUAAUUAUAUUUACAUUUCAUAGAAUUGUUCAAAACAGCACAUUAAAGAUUUUUUAAAAUUAU